UCCCCACAGAAACGCUGAUGGACUCCACUACAGCUACGGCUGAGCUGGGCUGGAUGGUGCAUCCUCCGUCAGGGUGGGAAGAGGUGAGUGGCUACGAUGAGAACAUGAACACGAUCCGCACGUACCAGGUGUGCAACGUGUUUGAGUCGAGCCAGAACAACUGGCUACGGACCAAGUUCAUCCGGCGCCGUGGCGCCCACCGCAUCCACGUGGAGAUGAAGUUCUCGGUGCGUGACUGCAGCAGCAUCCCCAGUGUUCCUGGCUCCUGCAAAGAGACCUUCAACCUCUAUUACUAUGAGGCUGACUUUGACUCGGCCACCAAGACCUUCCCCAACUGGAUGGAGAACCCAUGGGUGAAAGUGGAUACCAUUGCAGCAGAUGAGAGCUUCUCCCAGGUGGAUCUGGGUGGCCGGGUCAUGAAGAUCAACACCGAGGUGCGGAGCUUCGGACCUGUGUCCCGCAGCGGCUUCUACCUGGCCUUCCAGGACUACGGUGGCUGCAUGUCCCUCAUUGCUGUGCGCGUCUUCUACCGCAAGUGCCCCCGCAUCAUCCAGAACGGCGCCAUCUUCCAGGAGACUCUGUCAGGGGCCGAGAGCACAUCACUGGUGGCUGCCCGGGGCAGCUGCAUUGCCAAUGCUGAAGAGGUGGAUGUACCCAUCAAGCUCUACUGCAACGGGGAUGGCGAGUGGCUGGUGCCCAUUGGGCGCUGCAUGUGCAAAGCGGGCUUCGAGGCUGUGGAGAAUGGCACCGUCUGCCGAGGUUGCCCAUCUGGAACCUUCAAGGCCAAUCAAGGGGACGAGGCCUGUACCCACUGUCCCAUCAAUAGCCGGACCACUUCAGAAGGGGCCACCAACUGUGUCUGCCGCAACGGCUACUACAGAGCAGAUUUAGACCCCCUGGACAUGCCCUGCACAACCAUCCCCUCUGCACCCCAGGCUGUGAUCUCCAGCGUCAACGAGACCUCCCUCAUGCUAGAGUGGACCCCUCCCCGUGACUCAGGAGGCCGUGAGGAUCUCGUGUACAACAUCAUCUGCAAGAGCUGCGGCUCGGGCCGGGGCGCCUGUACCCGCUGUGGGGACAACGUGCAGUACGCACCGCGCCAGCUGGGCCUGACCGAGCCACGCAUUUACAUCAGCGACCUGCUGGCCCACACGCAGUACACCUUCGAGAUCCAGGCUGUGAACGGAGUCACCGACCAGAGCCCCUUCUCGCCUCAGUUCGCCUCUGUGAACAUCACCACCAACCAAGCAGCUCCAUCAGCCGUGUCCAUCAUGCACCAGGUGAGCCGCACUGUGGACAGCAUCACCCUGUCGUGGUCCCAGCCAGACCAACCCAACGGUGUCAUCCUGGACUAUGAGCUGCAGUACUAUGAGAAGGAGCUCAGUGAGUACAACGCCACAGCCAUAAAAAGCCCCACCAACACGGUCACUGUGCAGGGCCUCAAAGCCGGCGCCAUCUAUGUCUUCCAGGUGCGGGCACGCACCGUGGCAGGCUACGGGCGCUACAGCGGCAAGAUGUACUUCCAGACCAUGACAGAAGCUGAGUACCAGACAAGCAUCCAGGAGAAGCUGCCACUCAUCAUUGGCUCCUCGGCCGCUGGCCUGGUCUUCCUCAUUGCCGUGGUUGUCAUCGCCAUCGUGUGUAACAGACGGGGAUUUGAGCGUGCUGACUCAGAGUACACGGACAAGCUGCAGCACUACACCAGUGGCCACAUGACCCCAGGCAUGAAGAUCUACAUCGACCCUUUCACCUAUGAGGACCCCAAUGAGGCAGUGCGGGAGUUUGCCAAAGAAAUUGACAUCUCCUGUGUCAAAAUUGAGCAGGUGAUCGGAGCAGGGGAGUUUGGCGAGGUCUGCAGUGGCCACCUGAAGCUGCCAGGCAAGAGAGAGAUCUUUGUGGCCAUCAAGACACUCAAGUCGGGCUAUACUGAGAAGCAGCGCCGGGACUUCUUGAGUGAGGCCUCCAUCAUGGGCCAGUUCGACCACCCCAACGUCAUCCACCUGGAGGGUGUUGUCACCAAGAGCACGCCCGUGAUGAUCAUCACUGAGUUCAUGGAGAACGGCUCACUGGACUCCUUCCUCCGGCAAAACGAUGGGCAGUUCACAGUCAUCCAGCUGGUGGGCAUGCUACGGGGCAUUGCAGCUGGCAUGAAGUACCUGGCAGACAUGAACUACGUGCACCGUGACCUAGCUGCCCGCAACAUCCUCGUCAACAGCAACUUGGUCUGUAAGGUGUCUGACUUCGGGCUCUCACGCUUUCUAGAAGACGAUACCUCAGACCCCACCUACACCAGUGCCCUGGGUGGAAAGAUCCCAAUACGUUGGACGGCCCCAGAAGCCAUCCAGUACAGGAAGUUUACCUCAGCCAGCGACGUGUGGAGCUAUGGUAUCGUCAUGUGGGAGGUGAUGUCCUAUGGGGAGCGACCCUACUGGGACAUGACCAACCAGGACGUAAUCAACGCCAUCGAGCAGGACUAUCGGCUGCCACCGCCCAUGGACUGCCCGAGCGCCCUGCACCAGCUCAUGCUGGACUGCUGGCAGAAGGACCGCAACCACCGGCCCAAGUUCGGCCAGAUCGUCAACACGCUGGACAAAAUGAUCCGCAACCCCAACAGCCUCAAAGCCAUGGCGCCCCUCUCCUCCGGAAUCAACCUGCCGCUGCUGGACCGCACCAUCCCUGACUACACCAGCUUUAACACAGUGGACGAGUGGCUGGAGGCCAUCAAGAUGGGGCAGUACAAGGAGAGCUUCGCCAAUGCUGGCUUCACCUCCUUCGACGUCGUGUCUCAGAUGCUGAUGGAGGAUAUUCUCCGGGUUGGGGUCACCUUGGCUGGCCACCAGAAAAAAAUCCUGAACAGUAUCCAGGUGAUGCGGGCACAGAUGAACCAGAUUCAGUCUGUGGAGGUUUGACAUUCACCCGCCUCGGCUCACCUCCUCUUCCAGGCCCCUCCCCCUCCGCCCCGCACACCGGGCCCCUGGUGCUCGAUCCACGGCAGGGCCAGCCACCUGCCAGGAGGCCACGGGCAACAGGAAGAAUCAAGCAGCGCUCCAGCCACGGGACGUCACCAAGAACACACGCAACUCAAACGAUGGGAAAAAAAGGGAAUGGGGAAAAAAGAAAAUAGAUCCUGGGAGGGGGCGGGAAAUACAAGAAAUAUUUUUUAAAGAGGAUUCUCAUAAGGAAAGCGAUGACUGUUCUCGGGAAGAAAAAUAAAAGGGCUUGGGAGAUCCAUGCGAUUUGUCCAAUCGGAGACCAAAAGCAGUUUCUCUCCAACUCCCUGCAAGAAGGUGACCUGGCAAGAGCCAAAAAACACUUUCAGGAAAACAAAUGUGAAGGGAAGAGGCAGGGGUCGCCCUUCUCUCCUGUUCCUGGGCUGCUCCUCGAGGCCUCACUCAACAGACAAGUGCCAGGCGGAUGGGGCAGGUGGACAGGCAGACACCCGGGAUCCACACUGGGAAACUCCAUUCCCGCUGCCACUGAGCAAACAGAAUUUUUCUGUCUUUGGAGACUAUUUUAGAAACUCUAAUGAAAGAGACUGUUUCUCCUGUUUUCUCAUGAAAAGGGGCGUUUGUCCUCCCAGGUCAGGGAGAACACAGGAUACCAGAAAGGCCAGCCUUCCUGAGGAUGGCCGCCCCCCAGGUCUGCAGCUCCACGUACAUAACGCGCACAGCCCAGCGGCCCCGACCUGCCUGGGCACCCACUCCCACUGGCCGCUGGCCCCCACCUCAAGGACUGAUGCUGCAGAGACCGCCAUCAGCUACGACUGCCACUGAGAAGGGUUGAUCCUGCAUCUGGGUUUGUUUACAGCGAUUCGUGGACUUGGGGGUAUUUUGGUCUGGGGUGGUUUUGGUUUGGGGGGUUUGUUUGUUGGUUUGUUUUUUUUUUUUAAUGACAAUGAAGUGACACUUUGACAUUUCCUACCUUUUGAGGACUUGAUCCUUCUCCAGGAAGAAGGUGCUUUCUGCUUACUGACUUAGGCAAUACACCAAGGGCGAGAUUUUAUAUGCACAUUUCUGGAUUUUUAUAUGGUUUUCAUUGACACCCUUCCCUCCCACCUGCUGCCUGGCCUCACCAAAGCCAACCACCUCGGGGCCAUCUGGGCCAUUUAGAGAUUUGAGUGAGAAUUGGUGGGGUGGGGGAAGGCACCAAGGUGGACGAGCAUCCCACCCCUGGACUGUUUUUGAAAGUGACAGAUCGAGGAGGAAGUGGGGUCUGAAACUGAAAGUCCCUGUCCACUUCCUCACUCUCCUUCUGUCCCAGUCUAUCCAGUACUUCCCAGGCAAAUAGGCCCCUUUGAGUGUCCUCAAAUGGCCAAAACCCACUCUUGCCUCUGGGAGCCCAAACCAGGCUGCAGGACCCAGAUCAUUCACUGUGACAUCCCAGCCCUCCAGAGGGUUCCAGAGGGUGCCCUCGGAGACAUGGGCAGGCAUACUCCCAUCCUUGGAGAGAAAGCGUGUGAUUUCUCCCCGUCUCCUUCCCUGCACCAGACCUUUGCCCAGGUCCAAAGGUCUUGGCCAUGGGAAAACCAUCCGCCAAGGGGUCUGGCCGCAGACUCCCUCCUGGGAGCUAAUGCAGGCACCUGAGCGGAACGAUCGGUUAGUGAAUUGAAUGCAAAUAAACACUUUAGUUAUAAAA